AUGAUACAAGUCCAAAGUGGAUACCGAAUCCUCCAAGGUGAAAAACCCGAGGAAGACUUCAGCAGCACUACGACUAGGUAUUGGUUGUUGUUGGCUCCGAAGUUGGAUGUUCUCCUAAGCACUACAUAUGCAGAAACAGCUCGUAAACUUUGGUUGGAGCUUGAAAAAGGCUUUGCACAACAGAAUGCACCAAGAAUAUGUGAAAUUCAGCAAGAAUUUCUUGGUGAGUUAAUAAAUUAUGAGGCAAUACCUAGCUGUUCUUGUGGAGGCUUAAAAACUGUGUUGCAAAACCAGCAGAGAGAUUGGAUUAUGAAGUUUCUAAUGGGUUUAAAUGAUUCAUACAAGGAACUUAAGGCACAGAUUCUAUUGAUCAAGUCUUUCCCUAGUUUGAAUGAAGGAUACUCUAUUAUACAACAAGAAGAGAAAAGAAGGCUGCUAUUUUCUGACGGAAUUAUCAAUGAAUCUAUGGCACUCUUGAUAAGGGAUAACUUUAGGAAUGGAGGAAAGAACAUGUCUGCUCAAAGAAAGGAUAAGUACUACUGCACUUGCUGCAAGAUGGUGGGACAUUCUCUAGAGAAGUGUUUCAAGGCUAAUCCAAAAAAGCCAACAUGCUCUUACUGCCAAAUGCUUGGCCACGCAAUAGACAAGUGA